AUGACUAAGGUAAGCAGGAAACCACAGGAGCCAAGAACAGCUGCAGUAAAAUCCACUCUGAGGAUCAAAGGGAAGAAGACCCUCUGUCAACCAAGGUCCAGAGAUGGUGUCAAAGUACCGAAGACAACCAUGAAAGUCAAAAGAUCCUGUCAAAGGAAUUCAAGAAAAAAGAUUCAAACAUCUGCCACUCAGUCUAAAAAACUUAAAAAAGCCAGAAAACCAAAAAUGGUGGUCUGUUACUAUAUGCUUAACAAGAAAUUGAAUCAAAGUAAGAAAAUGAAUCAAAAUAAGAGGCAGAAUCAAAAUAAGGGACAAGCUCAACCUGUCCCAGAACAAGAGACCCUGGAGAAGCCCACCACUUCAUAUAACCUGUGA